CUGGCAGCCAUUGCCCUGUUUGCCGAGACGAUCUGGGUGGUGACGGAUCAGUUCCGGAUUUAUCCCGUCCUGGGAGCGUCUGGGAAGGACGAUGUCUUUGCCGGGGCCUGGAUUGCCAUCUUCACUGGGUUCGCCUUCUUCUGUUUGUCUGUCUUCGGGAUCCUCGCCGUGCUCAGUGAGAGCAGGACCAUGGUCAUCACGCUGACCUCCAACCCCCAGUUUGUGAAGAAACAGAUGCUGCAGUUUUAUGGAGACGAUUCCAGCUCCUCUGGCCGGGAUCUCACGAUCAUGUGGAACCGGAUCAUGCCGCAGGUAAGGGCUGGCUCACCCCCACCCCCAAACCCCCCCC